ACACCUCUCACUGGCUCCUUCCCAGGGGUCCGGCCGGGGACUGGUGAGCUUGAGGUGCUCCUGGAGUCUCAGCCGGGAGACGAAGGGAGAUUUGCGUCCAGAAACUCCUUUGAGGGUUUCUGAUGCAUUGGAGGGAAUUUUAGGGGAGAGUAGGUGGUAACUGCAGUGACCCCAUUAGAAGGGGGCUUUUUCCGUGCCAGGAUCCCCGGAAGCUGCAGCCCCUUUCCUCAAAGCAGGUACCACCCUAUUCUAGAGCCAUCUGUUGACAGGAGCCGGCUCCUUCCUCUUUUGGUGGUGGCGGUGGAGUGGUCCCCGUGGCUGCCCCGGGGAACUGGGAGCAGGACUUGAGACCCUGGCCGCCCCAAAGGUAGGGACUUGGGAGUGGUGACCGAGCCCCUGUGUUGUGUCGACUUAUAGCCACCCUAUAGGACAGAGUAGAACUGCCACACAAGGUUUCCAGGGAGUGGCUGGUGGACUCGAACUAUUGACCUUUUGGUUAGCAGCCAAACGCACCACCAGGGCUCCUGGGUUUUGUCUGGCUCUUCCUUGCUUCCUCACGUGGGGGUAGGACGAGCUAACUUCCGCCUCUCCCAGCCACUUUUUCCUCCUCAGUUGCAAAUGUAUUGGCUCACUUUUGGGGAAUCUUCCUCUCUGCCACUAGGAGUUGGGGGGUGCCCCCUAGUGGAAGAUGACGGAGCUGGGGGCUUGAAGACGCUCCUGUCCUUUCUGUUGUGGAAGUGUGCGUUGGGGGUGACAGGCCGCCGCUAGGAACCCUACUGAGGAGCAGCCCGAGGCGGGGACUGGGCCUCCUUCUCCCCCGUCUCUAGUUCUGUGUGUGUGGACCAUGUGGACCCUGGUGAGCUGGGUGGCCUUGGUGGCAGGGCUGGUGGAUGGAACACAGUGCCCAGAUGGUCAGCUCUGCCCUGUGGCCUGCUGCCUGGACCCAGGGGGAGCCAGCUACAGCUGCUGCAACCCCAUUCUGGACACAUGGCCCUCUCUGUCCACAACAUGGAGCAGGCAUCUGGGUAUACCCUGCCAGACUGAUGCCCACUGCUCUGCUGGCUCUUCCUGCCUCCUCACUGUCUCGGGAACCUCCCGCUGCUGCCCAUUACCAGAGGCCGUGUCUUGCGGGGAUGGACGCCACUGCUGCCCCCGGGGCUUCCAAUGCAAUGCCGAUGGGCGGUCCUGCUUUCGCAGACUAGAUGCCAGCCCCUUGGGUGCCAUCCAGUGCCCUAAUAGCCAGUUUGAAUGCCCCAGCUCUUCCACGUGCUGCGCUACGCUUGAUGGCUCCUGGGGCUGUUGCCCCAUGCCCCAGGCUUCUUGCUGCCAAGACAAGGUGCACUGCUGCCCCCAUGGUACCUCCUGUGACUUGGCACAGGCCCGCUGCCUCACGCCCACGGGCACCUACCCUUUGGCGAGGAAGACCCCUGCACGGAAGACUAAUAGGGCAGUGGCCCUGCCCACCGCUGUCAUGUGCCCUGAUGCACAAUCCCAGUGCCCUGACGGUUCUACCUGCUGUGAGCUGCCCAGUGGGAAGUAUGGCUGCUGCCCAAUGCCCAAUGCCAUCUGCUGCUCUGACCACCUGCACUGCUGCCCCCAGGACACUGUGUGUGACCUGAUCCAGAGUAGGUGCCUCUCCAAGGAGAACGCGACAGACCUCCUCACCAAGGUGCUUGCACACACAGUGCAGGAGGUGAAGUGUGACCUGGAGGUGAGCUGCCCAGAUGGCUAUACCUGCUGCCGCCUGUCUACGGGGGCCUGGGGCUGCUGCCCUUUCACCCAGGCUGUGUGCUGUGAGGACCAUGUGCACUGCUGCCCAGAGGGCUUUAGAUGUAACACAGAGAAGGGGACCUGUGAGCAGGGGAACCGCCAGGUGCCCUGGAUGAAGAAGGCCCCAGCCCACCUCAGCCUUCCAGACCCCCAAGCCAUAGAGAGUGAUGUCCCCUGUGACAACGUCACCAGCUGUCCACCUUUCAAUACCUGCUGCCGACUUGUGUCUGGGGAGUGGGGCUGUUGUCCUGCCCCAGAGGCCGUCUGCUGCUCGGACCACCAACACUGCUGCCCCCACGGCUACACAUGCACAGACGAGGGGCAGUGUCAGAAAGGGGACAAGAUGGCAGCUGCACUGAAGAAGAUGCCUGCCCGUCAGUCCUCCCUGUCUUACCCCAGAGACACCAGCUGUGACCAGCACACCAGCUGCCCGGUGGGGCAGACCUGCUGCCCCAGCCUGAGCAGGGGCUGGGCCUGCUGCCAGUUGCCUCAUGCCGUGUGCUGUGAGGAUCGCCAGCACUGCUGUCCAGCUGGGUAUACCUGCAAUGUGAAGGCCCGCACCUGUGAGAAGGAGGUGGCCCCUACCCAGCCCACCACCCCCCUGGCCCACAGCCUUCACGUGGGCGUGGGGGACGUGGCUUGUGGGGACAGCCACUUCUGUCACGAUAACCAGACCUGCUGCCAAGAUAGCCACGGGGGCUGGGGCUGCUGUCCCUACCGCCAGGGCAUCUGUUGCACAGAUAAGCGUCACUGCUGUCCUGCUGGCUUCCGCUGUGGGGCCAGGGGUACCAAGUGUUUGCGCAAGGAGAUCCUGCCCUGGAAAACCCCUGUGAGGGGCCCAGCCCAGAGACCGCUGCUAUAAGGAAGGACUGAGGACUGACGACAUUCCUCAGCCCUGGGGACCCUGUUCAGAGGGUCCCCACUGCUCAGGCCUCCUCAGCAUCUCUCCCACCAAUUCUCCCUGACACCCUUCCAUUCUGAGUCCCCUUCACCACAGGAGGUGGGGCUUCAACCUAAGGCCUCCCCUCUGGAAAGGGGGAACCUGUGGCAAAAAACACAUUAAAAGCUGCCAUCCCCUCUCCCAAUUUCUGUGGACCCUGUGGCCAGGUGCUCUCCCCUAUCCACAGGUGGUCGUGUGUGUAUGUGUGUGCCCCAAUAAAGUUUGUACACUUUCUUAA